AGAGGAAAAAACCUGAGACGUUUGCAGCCUCCGCCUCGCUCGGCCUCGUCGCCUCGCUCGUCCCCGCUGCCUCGCUAGGCCCCGCUGCCUCCACCGUCUCUUCGGUUUCAUGUGACGCGGCGACCUCCCGUGGAGUCGUCCACAUCCUUGAAGACGCUCGCCAAGGGCAUCCCUUCGCGAUUCCUCGUUUGCGUACUAUCUGUUAGUGAAAGCUUAAGCUGUCUGCCCUCUGGUCUUCUUCGGUUCUUCCGCUGCCUUAGAGGUACGUCUACGCUUUCAGUCGCUGGAAACAGAGCAUCUUCUUCUUCCUCGUGCUCUCAUGGACUCUGUUUCCCCCACGGGUUUAGAUGAUAAGUGGAUAGAGGUUUGUCACUGAGUUCGAGGGCGAACCUCGGGUUGACGGGAUGUAAAUCCCUGCACCUGUAUAAUUCACCUCCUCCUCCCAUUCAGUUGCCUUGAUUUACUUCCUCUGUGUUAUGGUGAUGGAUGGACUGGCGGGGGGCGCUGGGACGAGCCCCGUCGCCUGUUGCCUCUCAUGGACUCUGUUUCUCUCUCAUCGCAGAUAGUCACAACUCACAAGUGAUGGAACCUUUCUCGAAGCGGAAGCGGAAGCGGAGGCCGAUUCGCCAACCCUCGUGGGACCUCGCUGAAGAAGAUCACGGAGGAGACACCAGCGGGUCCAUUGACCGCGGCGGAGUUAAAGACCCGGAGGUGAUUGCCAUCUUUGAUACCGAUGAAGAGGAGGAUGUAGAGGGUCAAGGAAAAGGACGACAGAUAUCGGUUCCACUCUCACAGGUACCCAUUGUUGAAAUCAAUAGCGAUAAAAAUGACAAUGAGGGCAAUGUGAAGUCGAAAAAGGUCACAGUUGGUUCUUGCUCUACUCAGAAAGUCUCUGAUGGGGAUUUGGAAGUUGAAGAGGUUUCAGAACGAGAUGCUCAGCCAAUGGACGAUUCCAACUUUCAGAUGAAUGAUACAUGCACAACAGACAUUUCCAGUUCUAGCGUUGAGGUGAUGGAUGAAGAUAACUUUGAGACGAUAAUCAUGACAGAUGUGGAGGAAGAUGAUGAAGAGGAUAAGGAACACAAGGAAUGGAAUGAAGAUGAUGAGAACAUUUUCAAAACUUGUCAUCCAGUGGCAUAUUCUUGUCCUGCGAGUAGGACUAGAUCAUCAAUUGGAAAUCAGCCAAGAGUUUCAUACUGUAGAUACUUUGAAACGCUCGACUCUGACGAGGAUGAUGAUGAAGAAGAGGAGGGAUUACUGAAAGAUGUAUCAUCUUCUUCAUCAAAGAAGAAAAUGAUCUCAAAAACUAACAUUCCUUGGGAAGAUCAACCAUUGCCUCCAUUAAACCAGAAAAACAAGUUCUCAGAAGAGGAGGGAUCAGAGCAAGAUGAACCAUUGUCUUCGUCAAAGAAGAAAAUGUUGUCAAAAACAGACCAUCCUUUGGAUGAUGAAGAGCCAUUGUCUUCAUUAAACGAGAAGAGCAAGAUCUCAAUACCUCCCAACGAUGAACCAUCAUCUUCAUUAAACAAGAAAAAGUUCUCAGAACCUCAGAAAGAUGAACCAUCAUCCUCACCAAACAGUGCCAGAUCUGGAAAAAGAAAGAGGGAUAUAAAACCCACAAACUGUUCAAUUUCAAAGCUCCUUGUUAAUAUGAUAUGCAACAAGACAAAAGAUAUUCCUCCUGAGUCUCCCAAAAACGAGCUUUGCAAUGAGGAGCCAGACUUUUUCUCAUGGGACGACGAACCAAAAGUAGCUGACAAGUCUGAUCACGAGAAAUUUAUCGAUGAGCUCUGGGCUGAUUUUGAUUUUUUCAUGUGUUCCAUGAACAUUAGCUUCUACGACGCUGAUAAGGCACCAGAAAACACAUUAGAUCAAAAUCCAUCUUAGACUGAAUAGAGAUAUGGUUUGGCUUCCAGUCAUACUUCCAUGGUGACUUGUCUGAACUUGUUUAAAGAAGAAGAGCCUCUGGUAGACAGUGAUUUGUUUCAAUCACAGAACGAGAAAUUGCUUAUUUUCAGUCAGUAUAUACAAACAUUGGCUAUGUUUGAAUGAUAAU